AUGCUACUCACCGAAAGGCUAAAAUGUGUUAAAUUAUGUACGAUUUUAAUAACACUAGAGGAUAUCCAGAAUCUGAACGACGUCACUGGUGACGCUCCGAGAAGACGUAUGCUUGAGCGAAUCGAGAAGUCUAAGCAAAUUUUGAAAAAGUACUGUGUGCACUACGGAUCUCCUUCACUGAGUUCUCUCUCACUGAAGGAUCUCCAGCCUGUUAGUGACGAAGCUACGUAG